AUGGAGGUCGCUCGUGCUCCCCAGGUAGACCCCCUCCCCGCUCCCGGUCCUGCUCCUUCAGGUGUGUCUCAGGUAGACCCUCCUCCCUUGACUGCGCCGGUUGAGGUCACUGGUGACUCAGGUCCUGCUGAGGGUGGUCCUGCUCGGGGUGCUACUUCUGGGGGUGCUGAGCCUGGGGGUGCUGAGCCUGGGGGUGCUGAGCCUAGGGGUGCGGAGCCUGGGGUUGCUGAGACUGGGGGUACUGAGCCUGGGGGUGCGGAGCUUGAGGGUGUGGAGCCUGGAGGUGCUGAGCCUGAGUGUGAGGGGUCUGGGGGUGCUGAGCUUGGCAGUACUGAGUCUGGGGGUGCUGCACCUGGGGUUGCUGAGGCGUCUGGCUCUGCGGCUGCUGAGGGUGCUGGCGCUGAGGGUUCUGAGUCUGCUGUUGUGCGGUCUCCUUGGAGUAGUCACCUUCGUCCACGUGUGCCUCUCACCUCACAGCAGCUGCACGACUGGUACGGUCGCCGUCAGGGUCGCGCUGCUGGAGCCCGGGGCUCUGCUGCUGGAGGUACUUCUGCUGACGUCCCUGGAGCUAGGAGUGGUGCUGGUACUUUGUCUACUGGAGGUGCUGGAGUCGCUGGUCCCGGAGGUGCUCGUACUGGAGGUACUGGAGCUACUGGGGCUGGGGGUGCUGCGUCUGGAGGUGCUGCUGCUGGAGACACUGAGGCUGGAGACCCUGGGACUGGAGGUGCUGGUUCUGGGGGUGCCGCUGCUGGAGACACUGAGGUUGGAGACCCUGGGACUGGAGGUGUCGGUUCUGGGGCUGGAGCUUCUGGAGCUGCUGGGGGUGCUGGAGCUGCUGGAGGUGCUGGAGCUGCUGGAGGUACUGGAGCUGCUGGAGCUGCCGACAGGUAG